AUGCAGAAACUAAUCAACGAAGGGGCGGGGACAUUGGUGGUGCCGGGGAUUUUGCCGACGGGCUGCAUUCCGAUCGUGCUAUCGCAGGCGCACAACGCUCCCAAAGAAGAAUUCGACCCGAAAACCGGUUGCCUCAUCAAGCCGAACGAUUUCAGCAGCUACCACAACAACCUACUGCACCAGGCCGUGCAGCAGCUGCAAAGCAAGUACCCGCAGGCGAAGCUCAUCUACGCCGAGUAUUUCGAGGCCGUCGUCGACUUUAUUCUUGAUCCGAUAGGACACGGGUUUACAAAUGGUCAUGGCGCCCUUCAAGUGUGCUGCGGCGGGGGCGGCCCCUACAACUACAAUUCGAGCGCGGGCUGCGGUUCGCCUGGCUCGACUGUGGGUGAUCCUGCAACUUACGCAAACUGGGACGGAAUCCACUUAACUGAAGCUGGAUUUCAGCAGGUCGCGAAUGAUUGGACGGUUGGAUCUCCUCCUACGACCAUCUCUUUGGCCGUGUGGACGAUCCCGAUCACAGUUGCACCCACAGCUUCACACACAUCCCCUGGUAUGGUGGUGGUCUCUUGA